AUGGAUAUAGAUCUGCCGGGUAUGUUUAUUGAAAAAUUUACCAAACUCCUAUUUGAAAAAGAGGGGAACUGGCAAAACAUUCUAAAAGUUUCGAUGGCUGUAGCAAAUGAUAGUUUUUACACUGUUAUAAAUGUGCUAUAUAGCGCUUAGUCAAUAGCAUUAGCUUGUAUUCUUUAUGCAGCUAUCAGGUUCAAUGUUCCAACACCCUUUGAUGAUCCUCAAUUUAACUUUGAUAUUUGCCAAGAAAGAUAUGUCUUCAAAAAAAUGAUGGCAUAUCAAUAGUAGCAAUUAAGUUAAAAUUGCCAAGAUUCACCAAUGAUAGAUGAAAGUAAGAAGUAAUUGAUGAUUGAAUAGCUAAAAGCUGAGUUCAAAAAAAUUCCUUGGGAGAAAAAAGUUGAUUUAGAAUGUGAACUAAAUGAAGUUGUUGAUUCAGUUAAGCAAAUUUAAAACUUUUACAGUAAUUUAUUAAAUGGUAAGCAGCAUUGA